AUGUCUUUCGGUAAUGGUGAAACUGGUGGGCACCCAAUGUAUAAGCUUUGCAGUAGAGUUCAGCAUUCUGACUCCCAGGUGGGGAAUCUCAACGGACAUAGGAAGUCUGCAACCUUGUUGGAAGUAAGAACAAACUUAAGCAAUAUGCAAUACUCUUCUGUGGUCCUUGACGCUGAUUCUUUGGUGACAAAUGGAUCAAGAAUUCCAUCAAACUCCGGAGAGGAAAGCACGCAGGAUCCUGUUUUCCAGAUAAACAGCGAAUCUAUGACAGCAAGUGAGGUACGCCGGGCCUACACUAAAUGCUUUUAUGGCCCAUACUUAACCAAAACUAGUAUGCAGGGAGAUGUGUACAAUUUUCUGGAACGGCCUAGUGGAUGGAAGUGUUUCAUUUACCAUUUUACAGUAUUUCUAUUGGUGCUGGUUUGUUUAAUUUUCAGUGUUCUAUCCACUAUAGAACAUUACUCAGAAUUUGCUACUGGGACACUCUUUUGGAUGGAAAUCGUCUUGGUGGUAUUCUUUGGUGCUGAAUAUGUGGUGAGGCUUUGGUCAGCAGGGUGCAGAAGCAAAUACGUUGGUAUUAAGGGGAGAAUACGAUUUGCUAGGAAGCCUAUAUCAAUAAUAGAUCUCAUUGUCGUGAUAGCCUCAGUUAUAGUUCUGAGUGUAGGAUCGAAUGGACAGGUGUUUGCUACAUCUGCAAUAAGGGGAAUCCGGUUUCUGCAGAUACUUCGGAUGCUCCAUGUAGACCGGCAGGGCGGCACCUGGAGGCUCUUGGGGUCUGUUGUCUUUAUACAUCGGCAGGAACUAAUAACCACACUGUAUAUUGGAUUCUUGGGACUGAUCUUCUCGUCGUAUUUCGUUUACCUUGCUGAGAAAGAUGCCGUAGAUGAAGAUGGACAAACGGGCUUCUCAAGCUAUGCCGACGCUCUGUGGUGGGGUGUGGUAACAGUCACGACUAUUGGCUAUGGUGAUAAGGUGCCCCAGACGUGGAUUGGCAAAACAAUAGCAUCAUGUUUCUCUGUGUUUGCCAUCUCCUUUUUUGCCCUUCCAGCGGGGAUUCUGGGUUCUGGCUUUGCCCUGAAGGUACAGCAGAAACAACGGCAAAAGCAUUUCAACAGGCAAAUACCUGCUGCAGCAUCUCUCAUUCAGACGCUGUGGCGGUGUUAUGCAGCAGAAAAAUCAUGCAGUUCCACAGCAACGUGGAAGAUCUAUGUUACACCAGCUCAGAACUCAAAGAAACCACCAGCGCCACCUAGCCCUACUCUCAGGAAACAGAGUAGAAGAUACAAGAGGAAAGGAAAACCUGGUCGUGAUAGCAGUUCUGCACCGAUAAUAAACCCAGUGGAGACAGCCUCAUCUAUUCCACAAAUCACUUAUGACCAUAUUGGUGAGAGGGAAGAGAAGAAAGAGAUGAGUUUCUACCUUGAUGAAGCUGGAGGCCAACAGCUUUCUUGGUCAUCUUUAUCUCUCUGUGCUGCUGCAGCCUGCCCUGCUUCACAAGUAAAAAGGCGGAUGGAAGGAAACAGCAGUGAAAUGUCAAGAGCCAACAGUUUCACUGAUGACAUGGACCUCCUCUCUGAAGAAGCAUCGCUGCCAUCUGUGUCUGACGUGUCUCAGCUAACAGAAGCACAUCGAAUAGCUGUCAAAGUCAUAAGGAGAAUGCAGUAUUUUGUAGCCCGGAGGAAAUUCCAGCAAGCUCGGAAGCCCUAUGACGUUCGCGACGUAAUUGAACAGUACUCGCAAGGGCAUCUCAACAUGAUGGUUCGGAUAAAAGAACUCCAAAGAAGGCUGGAUCAUUCCUUGGGAAAGCCUGGCCUCUUUCUUCCAGAAAAGGGGGUAGACAAAGGAUACUAUACUGUGGGAGCCAGAUUGAUCCGGUUGGAAGAUAAAGUCACCCAGAUUGACCAAAAAUUAGAUGAUAUCCUGCAUGCCCUUCAUUCUCAAUUCGGCAAACACUCACUGGAGGGAACAUCAGCUUCAGCCACCCCAAGGGCAAGACGAUUUCGAUCCUCAUCGGAUUCUCCCCCGACGAGUCAUAAGAUGUGA